UUGCAAGCCGCCUGUGGUUUAAUACUCCCCCUCCGCCGCCGGGCCCCGCAGUGCGCGGCUCCGCUGACACCAGGCACCACCGAGGAGAACAGCACGAAGCCACCAUGCCAGAGCCGUAAAGAAAAUCCAAGAUCACAGCCUCGCGCAAGCUCCUGUUGAAGAGCUUGAUGCUGGCAAAAGCGAAGGAGGAAUGGGAUCAGGAGAUCGUGGACAAGCAGUCAGAGAAGGAAAGGUACCUGGCGGAGCGCGUCACGCCUCUGCACACCAGCGGGCUGUCCCUGAGCCAGCUCCAGGACCUGUGCAGGGAGCUGCACGAGAAGGUUGAGAUCGUGGACGAGGAGCGGUACGACAUCGAAGCCAAGUGCAACCACAACACCAGGGAGAUUAAGGACCUGAAAAUCAAAGUGCUUGACCUGCGGGGGAAGUUUAAGCGACCGCCCCUGCGGCGGGUCCGCGUCUCCGCCGAUGCCAUGCUGAGGGCUCUGCUGGGCUCCAAGCACAAGGUCUCCAUGGACCUCAGAGCCAACCUGAAAUCCGUCAAGAAGGAGGACACGGAGAAGGAGCGCCCCGUGGAAGUGGGCGACUGGCGCAAGAACGUGGAGGCCAUGUCGGGGAUGGAGGGGAGGAAGAAGAUGUUCGACGCCGCCAAAUCCCCCACGGGGCAGUGAGAGGUGUGCCAGGGCAGAAGAAGGUCCCCAACCCCGCUCCCUGCCCCCUUUUCCCUUGCUGCCCCUCCGUACUCUUUGCACCCUCACCCCGAGCUCAGCACCGAGAUGAGAAGUGUGGAAAACCGUGCGGGAAGGAGACCCGAGCUUCUUCCUUCCAGCUCUGCCUCUUGCCCUGCUCCCACACGGCCCCAGCACAGCGGCUCCCGCGGGCAUCACCUCCACGGGACGUGCUCCUGGAGGGGCCACCAGCCGGUCCCCCUGCUCCCCCACCCUUGGGUGCAGCCUGAGAUGUGCCCUGCAUUAAAGGACGGUCUCCGGGGC